AUGUCAAACGAAAAGACUAAAUUCGAAGUAUCAUCUUCAAAAGGUGAUGCAGAAAACAUGUUUCAAGAAUUAUCAGCCGACUCAAGAUCAACCACUUCUAUCUCCUCCACUUCAGACUCUAAAAUCGGUUCCUUUAUCGAUUCAUUUAGACGUGCUCCUGAAGGUAAAUCAGAAGAUUUAAAAAGUAAGGCAAUUACCAAGAAUGAAUUACGUCUUAUGUCACUUUCAACAGGGUUAGGUACUGGUCUUUUAGUUGCAGCCGGUCUGAAAUUAAGAACUGCUGGUCCUGCUGGUAUGCUUAUAGCGUAUGCUAUUACAGGUCUUGUCAUGCUUGCACCUACUAUCAACUCAGUCUCAGAAUUAUCUAUUGCAUAUAGUGGAUUACCAGGUGGGUUCCAAUCAUAUUAUGCCAAGUUUAUUGAUGAAAGUUUGGGGUUCUCUUUAGGUUGGAAUUAUGCCUUUCAAUGGAUGUGUGUCAUCUCAUUAGAAUUGGUUACUGCAUCUAUGACUAUUAAGUUUUGGAAUACUUCUAUAAAUCCAAAUGUGUUUGUGGCGAUCUUUUUGGUGUUGGUUAUCUUUAUUAAUGUCUGUGGUGCUAAAGGUUAUGCCCAUUCAGAAAUGAUUAUGAAUUCUAUCAAAGUUAUGAUGUUGGUUGGGUUCGUUUUGUUUGGUUUGAUUGUUGAUUUAGGUGGAGGUCCACAAGGAUUUGUUGGAGGUAGAUACUACAGAGACCCAGGUGCAUUCACUGAUUUCAAAGGUAUUGCUUCUGUUUUCGUCACUGGUGCUUUCUCCCUUGGUGGUUCUGAAUUCAUCUCACUUUCUGCUUCUGAAACUAGACAUCCUCGUCAAGCUAUCCGUGCUGCAUCCAAAUUAGUUUAUGUUAAGGUUAUUGUAUUAUUCUUGGGUUCAUUAACCUUUGUUGGUUUAUUAGUUCCAUACACAUCUGAUAGAUUAAUGGGAUCCGGUGAUGCCGCUACUCAUGCUUCUCCAUAUGUCAUUGCUGCUGAAAUGCACGGUGUUCUUGCAUUAAGUCACAUUAUCAAUGCCGUUAUUUUAGUUUCCGUUACUUCUGUUGCUGUUGCAGCUAUGUACUCAUCGCAAAGAUUAAUUCAAUCCUUAGCUGAACAAGGUCUUGGUCCAAAAUGGUUAGAUUACAUUGACAGAAAGGGACGUCCAGGUCGUGCUUUCAUCAUCACUAUUUUAUCUUCAUUUUUUGCUUUCAUUGCUGCUUAUGACCAAGAAGAAACUAUUUUCACUUGGUUAUUAUCUAUUUCCGCUUUGAGUUUUAUUUUCUGUUGGUUAUUCAUUUGUGUUUGUCAUCUUAGAUUUAGAGCUGCAUUGAAACAUAGAGGUAUCUCAUUAGACUCAUUGGCUUAUGUUUCUCCUACCGGUGUAUGGGGUUCUUAUGUCUCCAUUGUCGUUAACAUUUUGAUUCUUGUUGCUCAAUUCUGGGUUGCUUUAUGGCCAAUUGGAGGUGAUGGAAGUCCUAAUGUUGUUUCAUUCUUUGAAAAUUAUUUGGGUGCCAUUGUUUUCAUUCUCUGUUAUGUUGUUCAUAAAGUCUGGACUAAAAAUUGGAAAUUGUUCAAACGUGUCGAUGAAAUUGAUAUUGAUACCGAUAGAGUUAUUUACGAUAAAGAGAUUUUAGAUUUAGAAAACUUAGAAGACAAAGAAAGAUACGAAAGAGCUCCAUUCUGGAAGAAGGCUUUAAUCACUUGUUUUGAUUAG